AUGGAGAGCUCUUCUUCUCGCCAAUUCGAUUCAAAUCCAAAGCCCGCUGGUGCUUCCAAAUUCCUUACCAAUCUUCCCUCCCGCGGCUUCUUGUCCUCCACCGUCUCCUCCUCCAAUCCGUUUGCUGAGACUUGUUUGAAUGCUGGUAAUUUUAUGCAGGGUGGGAUGCGGGUUUAUAUUUGCGAGCAUGACACUUCACCUCCAGUUGUUGCUGCCUGGGGUAGGCUACUCACUGAGGAUUAUUGCUCUUUAUUCCCAAAAUUCCCCAUUCCUGAGAGCCAACAAAUAAAGACUAACCAGACGAACAUACUGAUAAGAUCACUCCAGCUUAAUAAACAUAAGGGUGAUUCCAGUUCAAAGGAUUUGAAGGGGGUAGCUGCAACAGAGGGUUCUAGAAAGAGGGCCCCAGAAAGAGCUUUGGAUUCCAGGGCUUCAUCAAAGAGAGGCAAUAAUCAGAUUGGUUCUCGACAAGAGGGAUCCGAUAGCCGCACAUCAGAUAAGGACUAUUACAGUUUGACAGUAGAGAGGCUCCGGGCUCUUCUGAAAGAGCGAGGCCUUUCACCCAAAGGGAAGAAGGCAAGUGCAGAGAUGAAUCUAAUCCCUGCAUGUGUACCAUCCAGGCACAAGAAUGAGCUCGCUGCUGUUCUUGAGAAUUGCAUUUUGUAUGGUUUUCGUAUUUUAAGCGGGUUUGGUUUCGGGCUUCAAGCACUCGCAUUGGAACUUGCACCAAUGCGUAACGGAGCUCACGAUACUGCUCAGAUGGUCAGAUUUGGGUCCGCAAUGAAAUUUCAGUAUCUCACUCUUAACACGUCUAAUGCAGUUCUCUUAAACAAAGAGUUUGGUCUAUUUUGGAAGAAAAUCCUAAAUUCUAUCCGAGUGUUGGCUCCAAAAUAUGAAUCAAAAGAAUCAAAGAACAGAACAAGCCGUUUUAAUCGCCAUACCAUGCUAAGUCUCACAUUAGACUCCUAUGAUCACAUCUUGGGUAGGGUCUUGGAUAACAUCGCGGCCACGCGGGUAGCUUCCGGACCACCAUCUUGA